UAAAAUAAAAGUGUCAGUGUUAAUAUUUAAUUUUUUAAUAUAUAAAAUAUCUAUAACAAAAAAGUACAAAAAUACAAAAUAUAUCUAGAGCGAUACUUUUACAUGUUUUACUAUUAAUAACCUAGACUAAUGAUAAAUGUAAAUGAAUGUACAAAAUCAACAAUGUAUUAUAUUACGGAAAAUAAAUGGAUACGAAGAUGAAAUUUAAAAAAUCUUUGCCUCCGUUAGUUGAAGGCAAAAUUCAUGGUUAUUUAAAAUUUGUCAUUGAUGAAGUCAUUUGGUCAAAGAAAAAUUUUGGUGAUAUUAGAAUAUUUUUAUCUUGGUGGGGAGAAACUGAUAGAACUGAAUUUAGACCAGCAGAUAUUACAAAAGAUAUUGUAAGAUCAGAGGAAGAAAUAACUGAGGUUUAUGCUAUUCGUACAAAUAUAAAUCUCUUUGAAGAAUACAUUAAGAAUUGUGAAUCUGUAGAAUUACUGGUUGUUAGUAAAGAAACUAAUAUAAUUAUUGGAACAUCACAAAUCACAGAUUUAUUAGAGAUUCUUAAUUGUAAACCAUAUUUUAGAUAUGUACCUAUUGUAAGUAAUCAUGAAAAUAAAAUAGGAGAAAUUCAUGUUUCUAUGAAGUUAGAAUAUAUGACAAAAGCUUUUAGUAUGCAAUUAAAAACACAUAAAUGUGGAAAAGAGCAAGGUACUGAUAAUACCUUAGUUUCAACUAGUAAUAAUUUUAAGAAUCAGGAUUAUUUGAUAUCUGAUAGGUGUACAGUUAACAAAAAAAUAAAACCCGAAGAAAGUGAUACUUAUAAAUCUAUUUUAAAAUUGAAAAGGACGGAAUUUCAAGAAUCUGUAAAUAAACUUAGUAAUGAAGUAGCUGAUAGACUUGUUGCUCAGAUUGUUACAAGAGCUCAAAGGCUCAGAGGAGAUUUAUUUAAAGAAACAUAUGAUGAAGAUGAAUUUAGUUCUAGUGAUAAUUCCAUAAAUAAUGGAUUUCAAACUUAUGUUUCUGCUAAAAAUAAAGAAAAAUUAUAUGAAUGUGUUUCGUGCAAAGAUAUGAUGUCAUCUAUUGAAUGUAAAACAUGUACAUUGAAAUCAACAACUUUGCAUCCAAGUUUGACAGAUCUUGCAUCUAGUAGUUUAAAAACAUUUAGAUAUGAUAAUAAGAGUACGACAAAUAAUACAUCUUCUUCAAAAAUGAAGUCCUUAAUAGAAGAUGCACUUUCAGAAAAAAAAUUGUGUAUUGAUUCAAAAGAUGCUGAACUAUUUGAUUUUGCUACUUAUAUCCAAAUUAAUGUAGACUCAUUUACUUUAAGUCCUGCUGGUUAUAGACGUGUAAAAUCAUCUUCAUUAUCACAUAACGAUAACAUUUUUUCAUCUGCAACAUAUUUUGUUCAAUAUGACAUGAUAUUCGAUCAUAUGAAAGAAAAUGACAAAAAGGAAAGUAAACCUGUAAGAAUAUGUUCUAAAAAACAAACAAAUCACGUGGUUUAUUUUAAUCACAACAAUGUAUAUAGAAUAUCAAAACUAAAAUACUAUACAGCAUUGCAAAUAAAAUUUAAAAUAUUUGUUCGUCAUGUCAACAAAAGAUCAUUAAUUGAAUUAGGCAAUGCUACUAUUAAUCUUAAUGAAAUUAUAAAAAAUAAAAGUUGGAAAUUCGCACAACAUCUAAUUAUACUUAAUAAAGAAAUAAAAACAGGAGAAUUAAAUGUAAUUAUAGAAUUAGGUCCAGAUUCUAAUCAUUAUGAAAAACAGUACAUUAGUAGUAUGUCUGUUAAAGAAAACAUUCCUAUUUUGGAUACAUCAGAAUCACUUAGUGAAGCUAAAAAUAAAGGGAGCAAGAAUAUUACAAAAAAUCAGUCUACAACAGAUAAUGAAGUAACAACAAUUUCAGAUGAAAUAGUAAAUUUUCCAAUUACUGAUAGUAAUUCAGUUAUUACAAAGUGUGUAUCACAAUCUAUAACAGAAAGCAUAGAUGAUAAAAAAACGGAUAUAAAACAUGACAAAAAUAGAAUACAAGAUAAGGUUUUACUUCACGGUUUAAUAUAUGUAGUGGAAGGGAAAGAACUAUCAGAAUUAAAUACUUAUUUAAUAUGCAGAGCAUUUUGGAGAGAGGAUAAGACUAAAAGUCAAGUCUGUAACAAUACAAAAAAUCCAUUUUAUCAAUUUUGUCAAUUAGUACCCCUUAUUUAUGACAGUGAUUUAUUAAAACGUAUUAAAGACAAUUACAUAAUCAUUGAAGUUUAUUCAAGAAAUAAUAAUAUAGAUAAUCUAUUAGGAUUAACAAAAUUAUCUGUACAUCAGUUAUAUGUUGCAUACAGAGAUCCACGAGUAUUACCAUAUUUAUUAUUAUCUAAGUAUCCUGUGGUAAGUGUGGAUGGCUGGGUACCAAUUAUAGAUCCUGUAACUGGUCAAUCUUCUGGUCAGUUGUUUGCACUAGUAGCUCUUGGAACUGCUGAACAAAUUACGUUAUUAAAGACGACAAGAAAUUUGCAAACUAUGAAUGCUACGUCACAAAUAUUGCAUUUAGACAAAUUUUCUGAUUUACAAAAUACUCCUCGCAUACAUGCUUUCAUUAAAGAUGAAAGAGAGUCAAAUUUUUCAAAUUCGAAAACUCAAGAAUGUCAAACUGAUAUCUCAACUGUUAAAGAGUUUAAAUUUAAUGAAAAAUCACAAGAAAAAACUUCAAAUUUAAGACAUUCUAUUCUACAAAAUACAGUUGAUCAUUUAACGCAAGUUUUAAAUGUUAAUAAGAUUAAAAUAGAUCAAGCAAUACAGACUGAGAUAAAUUUUGAAGAAAAACAACAAUCGAAUACAGGACAGAUAUGUUCAAACGAAUUGAACUUUAAUAACAGUUCUGAUGAUAGUGAUAAUAAUAGCGUUAAACAUAAUCUUUAUUUACCAACAGAAACAUAUAGAAGUGUUGGAGUUGGUGCUGAGUACAAUGAAGAAACUGAUCAACAUCCAAAAAGUAAUCACAGUAAUACAACAUUUGAAUCAUCAACUAUAAAUCAUGUAGAGAAUGAAUCAACGAAUUCUACGUAUAAUCAAACAAUGUUUAGAGCUAUUGUGGAGAUUGAAUGUGCAUUACAUUUGCCAAAAAUAGAAAAAAUUAAUGAAACUGUUGAACCAAGUACAUAUGUAUCAUUUCAGGCCAUUAAAUCUGAUCAUACAAAAGCUUCAAACUCGUAUAUGAUUACUAAUACGUUUCCACAUAGUUGCAACCCUAAAUGGAAUUGGAAAUGUGAUACAGCAUUACCGACAGAACUGCUUUUACAUGAUAAAAAGAGAUUAAUUCUAAAAAUUUGGCGAAUAUUAGAUACAGAUAAUAGUAUGGAAAUAAACUUAGAGAAAGAUAUUGUUAUUGGAUUCUCUGCUAUUGAUCUCUCAGUUUUGAUUAAUGGCUUUCCGACAGUAUCUGGUUGGUUUCAUAUAAUGGACUUUACUGGAAAAUGCAAUGGACAAAUUAAAAUAUGUAUAACACCAUUAGCUAAUUUAUCAUUAUUUGGAAAACCUAUGACAUCGUUAAGUGCAACCCGACUACCAAUAUGUUCUAUGUCACAAUUAAAUUGGGUUCCAUUAAAUAUGUAUGAAACACAUUCUCAUGAUAUAGAACAAACUAAAACUAGUAAUAACUCAUCAACAUUUACACAGGAAGAAGAGAAAUCAGAACAUAGUGAAAAUCAAUUAAAUGAUCCUAUUACUCACAUUGAUUUUGAAGAUGUAUCUAUGUCAUUUUUAUCCUUAUCCUUAAAACAAAAAUUAACAGAAUUAGAUGAAAUAACAAAACGCCUAGAAUCACGAUUACGUGAUGUCACAAAUACGGCUUUUGAAGAUGAUUUAGAAAAUGAAUUUGAAUUAAAUGAACAAAAUAGCGAUAAUGAAAAUAACGAUUGUAAAAUUAUCACUCCAAUACUAUCUAUUGCUACAAGAGAUUACAAUAGCAGAAUAUGCCACAAUACAAGUACUACAGAAAAUGAAAACCAAAAUACAUCAAAUGAAACGAGUAUUCAAAAUUUUUUGUCUCAAACUUAUAUUAGUUACAACAAUGCAGUUAGUUGUGAAAUAAUGAAAUCUGAUUCUUCUAAAAUAUUGAAUUCUUAUAGUAAACGAAAUUUAUCAAAUGACAAUUCUGAAAUACAACAAAGUGAACAUUUAGUGCAAAAUAGUAGACCACUGGACAAUACUUUCACUGAUUACCCAGAACGAGGAGCAAAAGCACAUAUAAAUUAUUUACUUGAUAAACUAUCUCUGCAGUUUCCUACACAAACCUGUUUGACUAAGACUAUACCAAUGGAAAAAAAUAUUACUAAUGUAUUAACACAUUUACCAAGUAGUAAUAAUUUACAAGACAGUAAUAAACAUAACCAAGAACACAAAACAUCUAUAUUAUGUAAUCAAAUGGAUGACAUACAUGAGUUAACUAUCCAAAACUCAGAAAAUCCUAUAAAUAAUUGUACAACUAAGUCAGAGGUUGAUACAUAUGAUAAAAAUUCAUCUGAGACAUCUAUGCACUCACAAACUGCUAAUAAAGUAUCGAAAGUAAUUCGUGAAGAAUUAAUUGCUGAAGAAAAUAGCAAUACAUCUAAAUAUGAUGAAUUAACAACGUAUCUUGUAACUUCAAAUAUUCGUCAUAUGGAUUUAAAUAACAUUUGUAAUCCUCUUUUAUAUCAGCAUUUAGUACCUGAUUUACAUUACUCACAUACACCAUUAGAAGAAGAAACUAUCAAACAAUUAGAUAAUCGAUAUAGUAAAGUGUUUAAUAAAUCAAUAAGUAAUAAAUUAAAUAGAAUACAUAGUUCGGUGGAAACUAAUUUAUCUCUAGCAAAUGCUGAACGUUUUAAAACAAUACCAUCUGGAGUAUCAGAAAAUAUUGAUAAUAGUAUUGAUUUAACUGUUCUCCAUAAUACUAAUUACAAUGACUUAUUGGCUAGUAAUAGUACAGAAUCGACUACAACUAUAUCAAUUAACAAUUCAAUAAUAAAAUCAAUUGAUUCAGAAGUAGUUGAAAAUGACGAUUCUGUAUCUUCUGAAACAUCUCUUCUUGUGCUUUCAAGGCAAGCACCUGAUGGUGGUAAUCCUAUAGAAGAUAAUAAAAAGCCAUUAAUUACACAACAAGAAGAUAAAAUUCUCCACUCAUAAUCAAGUAUACUUAUAACUAAUAUGUAAUAAAUUUAUUACACACACAUCUAUAAUCAUAAUCAUAAUUUACACUUAUAAAUAUAUACCUUGACUACGUUACACAUAUUUUUCUUAUCGCAUACAGUAAAUAUUGGGUUGACAACUAAGUGAUCACGGAUUUUGCUAUUACCACCUAAUGACAAAAUCCAUAAUCACUUAAUUGCCAACCCAAUAGAUAUAAAAAUAGAAUCCUAUCUCUUUACAGUAUGUAUGUAAUUUUAAAUUAAUAAUUAAUGAUUUCUAUAAUUAGUUUAUAAUAUUUGACGUUUAAAAUAUCUUGUUCAGAUACAUUGAUAUAAAGAUAAUACAGAACACUAACC